CUCGCGAGUUCUAGUCGUGCAGCAAAAGAGAGCAGGGAUAGACGCGCCUCUCUCUUUUUCACCCUCUUCUCACUCUGAUUUUCUCCUACGUUACAUACGUUUUGUGCGACAAACAGUGGGAAACAGUAUUUUACCAUCGGCUUUUUCUUAUUUGCAACGGUCAUACGGAACUCCACGUUCAGGCGACCUAAACCUCCACAUUCCACGAGUCAAGACACGCGAAAGGCUACAAACUCGAGAGACUAUUGUGUAUAGACAUAGUCGACAUUCCUUCUAUCUCGUCGUCGGCCACCGGCAGGCUGCAGGGCAUCCUUUGAACAGAACAGUACAUUUCACAGGACGCCAUGGCUCCUGGUAUCGGGUUCGCGGUUGGAAUCCAACGUCUGAUACCGUUCAUCGGCUAUCAUCACAUUCUCAUGAUCCUGAUUGCCAUUGCCAUCAUUCUUCUUUCACUACUACUAGCGGGUUGCUCGUCAAGUUCACCGUUGAUACCUGGCAUCUUCCUCAUCGACUUUUACUAUCAAACAUACACGCCGAACUAUGAUCCGGCGCAAGUGGAUCCCGGAGUCACUGCCGCAAUUGCCAAUAUCGUUGGCCAGACCCAGCUGGAAGUAAGAGUUGGAUACUUUGGGCUUUGCGUUGCUAGCGAUGCUGGCAAUUACUUGUGUUCCAACAAUGCAACCUUGCUUGCCGAGCAGAUCAGCAUUGAUUCUGAUCCGAUGAACUUGAUCUGGAUUGCGAAUACCUUCAAGAACUCGGUCGUCUUUCCCUGGCUGAUUAUCAUCGCCAUCAUCUUCGCCUUCCUCUGCUUCCUGCUGCUUGCCUCCUUUCCCGGCUGGCACGAAGAGCGUGAUCGCGCCACUGGCUCAGAGGUCGAUGUCAAACCCUUCCCAUCACGACCCGUGUCCCAAUCAGCACUUGCUCUCGUCUUCGUCGCCUCAGUCUUCGUCCUGGUGUCCGUACUAUGGCAACACACAGCCUCAGUGGCAGCAGCACAAGUAGCCCAAGACAUGGGCAACGGCAGCAUAAAAUCAGGAGUCGGAACCUCCGCCAUGGUGUUGGGCUGGUUCAGCUUCGCAUUACUACUCAUCGUUACCAUUGGUCUGCUGGUCAUGAUCUUGAGUAUUCAUCUGCUUGAUAGACUCACGGAUGAAUGAUUCUGAGUAUGCCACGAUGUUUGCGACGAUAUGACAGAGCUUUACAAACACACAAAAGCAUGACAUGAGACCUUGGAGGCUUCUCGACAUAUGCAUCAUGAUCACGACAUAUACUGCCGGAUACAGCAGUACACCAUCACCUCUUCCACCCACGCGCGCUGCUCUUUUCUCGUCCCCUCGUCAGUUCUGGCGAACUGCUUUUGUUCUUUCUUUCUUGCAUUGCCAGCGCGCAAGCAUUUCUUUCCCAUUAUCAACAUUGUGCGAGGCCUUCCUUGUAAUUUGCAUCUACGGAGCAUUUUGGGACCUUUUCUGAGGAUGUUGUCCUUUUGGAUGUUUUUGUUUUUCUACUUUCUCUUCUGAACAGAUUGAAUGAAUGUGGGCGUUUGGUAUGACGAAGAAGAUGGACUGUACAUUGAAGACAGAGACAAAGAGAUGGCAGAGUUAUAUAGACGACUUGUGAAUGAGAUUGAGAAUUACGAACCAC